GUGUAAAACUAUGGAAGAGAUUCAUGUGUGAUUGUUAUAGCCCUCCCUUACUGUUGGUGGCGCUGUGGAAAAUAGAAACUACCCAUUAAACGAGCGGCUACCGACAUAGUUUCACAAACACUCUGUCCUCCAAGUGUACAGUUUGGAGGUUUUUAGCCGCCUUAGCGACAAAUACAGUAGAUAAAAGUGGAACUUGAGUUUUUUUCUUCAAUAGUGUUGUAAGCAUUGCUCAAACUGACUACUUAAGGCAUUUAUUGUUCCUCAUGGGCAGUGUCUGAAGAUACUGUAUGCUAGUGCAUGCAGCCUGAGACACAACUUUUCUGUACAGCAGAGGAAUUUCUAAAAACAAAACACAAACAAACAAAAUACCACAGAAAAUAAUAUUCAAAUUGUACGAUCAAUUGGAGGAAAUAAAAAAGGAAAGGAAGAUGAAUGGUGGAAGUCAGUUUGUGGAAACUCUGAAAAAGCUAAACUAUCCCAAGGCAUCUAAGCUCAAUGGGGAUGACUUUGACUGGCUCUUUGAGACUGUGAAGGACAGGUCUUUCCUGCAUUGGUUCUGCAGCACUGUGAAUAAGCAGAACCUACUGAGUGAAGAGGAGGUAAAAGCAUUCAAAGCUCUCAAAGAAUCUGGAAAGCCCAUCUUGGAUGAGGACGCCCUGGGUGAGGUUCUGAAAACGUGUCAAAGCACCGAGUCGAAGGAGUCGGCCCUUCUGGAGGAACUGGAUUUGGAGAAGCUGGAGGAAGAACUUCAAGCUCUGAAGAAAACCAAAAACCUGAAGAUCCAAAGGCGCAACAAGCUUCAGAUGAUGGGCACGACGAGCAGGAACGCUUCCCUGAGGCUGACCGGCGAAGAGCAGGAGGCUGCCAAGGGUCUCAAGGGAACGAUGGAGAUGCUGGGUGCAGAGAAUGCCAAAAUAAACAGCGAACUCCAGUCUCUCGUGGAAGAAGUGAAGCAACUGACAGUGUUCUUCACCACCAAGUCCAAGAGAGCCUCCCUGAGCCGGCCACCCGCCUUCCUGUCCCAGCUGGUCCUGGACCGUUACCUGCAGCUUGAAGAGCAGAACACCAAGACACUGGCUGCUUACACCAAGAAACAGUUCUUCGAAGGGAUAUCAGACCUGGUGGAGAGCUCAAAUGAGGAGAAUUUUCAGCUUCUGGACAUAAGUGGGAAUUUGAUCUCCAGGGAGAGCAACCAGGCCCCCGAGGGGCAGCGAGAAGAGAUGGCCAGGCUGCAGUUUGCCUACAUCGCAUCCCAGUACCAGCUGAUUCAGAGGAAGUCCAAAGAGCAAAGUGUCAGGGCUGGUCUUCAGUGGAUGAAAGAGAAUCAGCACUCCCUCCUCAGGUCAAAGUUAUCUGGCGAUGAAGAUGAUCUGCAGGCGCGGGGAAUGCGGUUGAAGAAGGAGCUGGAGAUCGUGGAGCAGCAGGUAGAGGUGCUAAGCAGAGAGAGGCUGCCGGCCGUGGUGCGGGAGAACGCCCAGCUCCUGAACAUGCCAGUGGUGAAAGGAGACUUCGACCUGCAGAUAGCCCGGCAGGAAUACUACACCUCCCGACAGGACGAGGUGUGCAGCCAGCUCCUUCAGCAGAAAGCCUCCUUUGAGCUGCUGCUGCUGGCUUAUGAGAUGGAGCUGAGGAAGUACAGGCAGUUCCACCGGCAACUUGGGGACAUCACCAAGGAGCUGGAGGAGAGCAGGAGGGGGCUGGCCCAGCGGCUGGAGGCCUUCUCCGACCCCAGCCUCUCUCGCACUGUGAAGCAGCGCAGCAUUAUAGACUCGAAGGACUCCUCUUUCCAUAGACUUUAUCAGAUGCUUGAAGGGGAGACUGGGAAGGAGCAGCUGUUCAGAACAUAUGAAGGCCUAGAGCAGGCAGCUCAGAAGUUGUGUCAGGAUGUCGCCUUAGUGAAGGAACGCUUAGCAGCUUCCAGCCAAGAACAGUCUUUACUAACUGUCAAAAUGGAGUCUGAAUCGGACGUCCUCCGCAAUACUAAUUACUGUGGGCUUAAGCAGCUCAUGCUUACACCACAGGUAUGUUUAACAAAACAGGAGCACUUCUUAAACUCACAGGAGUUGGGUGAAACAAUUCUUCAGCUGGAAUCCCAGUUGAACACGCUAAACCAGCUCAUGGUGGAAAUUCUUAAUGACGUCAAGGGAAAGAAGAAGAUCUUGGAAAGAAACAAGCUGCAGCAGAUGGAGAGGGAUCUUUAUCUUUAUUUCUUUCAAGACGAAGAUUGCCUAAAGAGCAUUGUGGAGGAGUUGGAGAAGAAAGUCAGUGCUCUGUCUAUUGGCCAAGGAGACUGAAAUGUUGGCAUUUAUUUUGUCUUGUGAAAGAAUACAUAUUUAUUGGCUGUUUUUCAGGGCAUAUCAUUCUAGCAUUCCUGUACCUGGGAUAUCCCUAAGCAUGCCAGAUUGAACAAUGGAAACCACUAUACAGUAAACCUUAAGCAGGCGUGCUGGCUUUUCAGAAUGCUGCCUCGUUCCCAAGAAGGGUUGACCAAUUGAGUGACUUGACACAGGGAUCAGUGCAUGGCUCUCUUUAGCAGAUACCGUGGGAUCUUAAGCACCUGAAAAAGACUCCAUGUGAUCCUUAGUGUGGAUGUUGUCACCAAUGGAAGAGCCGUAGACACCAAGGCCAGCUAUGGAAAACAGGAGAACUUUCAAGAUUUAAAUACUUUUAAGAUUUAAAUUAAAAGCAACAACAUGAAGCCAUACUACUUGCAUUAGUAUACCUUGCAUUCCAUGAAUUUGAUAGCAAUUUUAUAUUUUGCUUGACACAUUAAUAACAUUUGUUUAUGGUAGUACAGAUGGAAUUAACUGAUUUGUGUUCAGAUUUAUUUUGGUUUGUUUUUUAAAUAUCUUGCAAUGUUGCAAUAAAUAAAGAUUUAACCUAAUACCUGUUCUUAAACAGGUACAUUUUUUUCUUAGUAAAAACAUAACUACAACAAAAAUAAUUUGUUGGACAGUUAAUUUUUUAAAGAAUCAACAAGGAUUUUAAUACAAGCAUUAAUAAAACAUGUUGUUUUUUUUAA